AUGGUGGCAUAUUUAUUGCGGAAAAAUGCGAAAGUUAACAGCGACUGUGAAGUCCUGUCGCCUCUUCAGAUAGCCGCCAUGAACGACAACACGAAAAUUUUCAAAAUAAUUCUGGAACACGGGGCUAAAAUAAAUGAUCACAAUAUUCAUAAUAAUAAGUCACCAAUUGAGCUAGCAGUUGAGCACAACAAUAUUGAGAUCGCAAGACUUAUCGUUGAUCACAAAAAUUUUGGAUUAAAAUGUGAUCAGUCGUUACUGCAUAUGGCUAUCAAGAAAAACAACUUGGAAAUGGUCUCAUUAUUAUUAGAAACUGGUGCGGAUGUCGAUGAAUAUGAUGACGAUGGAUUCGCUCCAAUCCAUCACGCAGUAAAGGCCCGCAUCGAUGAUAUUUUGCAAUUAUUAUUAGAUUAUGGAGCAGAUAUUAAUGCUAAAAAUAAAUAUGGAAAUACUUCAUUUUCUAUGGUUCUAAUGCAUACGUUUCACAUAUUUUAUGCAAAAUCUAAUGGCCCUGUUGGACUGUCUUUUCCCGGCAAUACACAGAAUAAUAGUAAAUUGGAUAUUCUCCUAGAUAAUGAUGCAGACAUAGAAAGUCUUGAUAUCCGUAAAUAUCUUCCACAUAUUAACGAUACUAAUCGCAUCAUUAUUAAUCCUAAAGAUAAUGACGGUAGUUCGGAAAAUAAAAAACGCAUUAUUAAACAGAUUAUUAAACAUGUGAUUUUGAAGUUGGUAGUCAAUUAG